AUGUCAGAUACAUUAGAAAUUCCACCAAAAAUCAGAUUAAUUCUUCGACAUGAAUGGUCAAAACUUAAUCCUAAUUUACCAAAAUUAAUAGAAACUUUAACCAAAGAACUUGGUUCAUCAGAAUGUUGGCAUAAAAAAUCCACAUUUUUUGAACAUUUAUUUCAUGUUUAUCAAAUGUUAACAAUUUGGAAUCAACCACAAUAUUUAAUUGAUUGUGGAUUAUUUCAUUCAGCUUAUUCAAAUUCUUAUGUUAAUUUAGCUAUUUUUAAAUUAAAUAAUAAUAUUAAUGAACGUAAAAAACUUGAAUCUUUAAUUGGUGAAAAAGCUGAAAAUUUUGCUCAUUUAUUUUGUAUUAUUCCAAGACAUGAUUUAAUUUUUAACCAAAUUUUUGGUAAAUUUAAUUUUAAUGAUUUAGAUAAUGAUGAAAAAUUAAGAAUUAUUAUACCUGAUGAAGGAAUUAAGGUUCAAAAUAUUAAUACUAAUGAACCAAUAAUUUUAGAUAAAUUUACUUUAGCACUUUUUUUAAUUUUUACAAUGGCAGAUUUUUCUGAUCAAAUAUUUGGUUGGCAAGAUGAAUUAUUUGAAAAUUAUGAUGGUCAAUUAUUAUUUUAUCAAAAAUCAAAUGAUGAAUUUAAUUUUUCUUUAUGGCCUGGUGAUUGUAAACCUGGUCUUUGGUUGACUUGCUUAUCUAGGAUUGGAAAAAUUGUAAGAUGGUGCCUCAAAGAUUCCGAUCCUCAAUUAAUUCCUCCGGUGUUUAAUAACUGCACGGUUACACUCGAACCUUUGAAUUUGAUUAAAUCAAGAGAUUUAUACUGGGAU